AGCCCAUCCGUUUGAAUCGAUACCGUGACUUGCGCCAUGGCGCCGGGCAGAGGAACCUGCUUCGAAGCCACCAAGAGUGAAGGCUUGAGCCAAAUCGAAGAGGUGACGAACAUGCUGAAGGUCCAAACGGAUGCGCUGGCCGAUUUGCACCUGAAGAUCAAGAACAUCCAGGACACGGCCGACAAAGUGGGUGAAUUUGCCAACAAGAUCCGUGGCAUCCAGGUCGAGCUGGGUGAAGCCAAACGUGUGGCAGAGCAGAUCAUCAGUACCAACACAGGUAUGGGAGAAAUCGCUCAGGAGGUCGCAAACAUCAAGGCCAAAGCAGCCGAACAGCAAUCCGACCUCAUCUUGGCCAAGGACGCUGUGGAUAAGUUGAUUCCCACCAAUGCCAGCAUGGCCAUCUACACCUCUUUGGUGCCAAUGCCACGAUGCAGGCAACGAGCCCGGCAGCACCGUGCCUUCUUGUGACGCGGCAAAGUCACCCCAGCGAAA